AUGAACCCGCCGCCGGCGUCGCCGAUGGACGACGACGACCUCCUCAUAGAGAUACUCCUGCGCCUGCCCCCGCGACCUUCCUCUCUCCCCCGCGUCUCAUUCGUCUGCAAGCGCUGGCGCCGCAUCGUCGCCGAUCCCCAAUUCCUCCGCAGAUUCUGCGACUACCACCGGGAACCGCCCAUCGUCGGCGUGUUCUUCAAGUUCAACCCCGAACUCAAAGAAUCCCCGUUCAGGUCGAUUCUGGAUCCACCUGACCUCAUCCCGCCCGAGCGCUUCUCGGCCCGCCUCGAUGGCAUCGAUGGCGGCGGCAUCUGGUCCUUCCGCAGCUGCCGCCACGGCCGCGUCGUCUUCACCAGCAGGGAUCGUGCCGGCAAGGGCUGCAGCCAGGUUUUGGUAUGGGACCCCGUCACAGGCGAUCGCCGCUUCAUAGGCAGUCCACCGCAGUUGGAUCACGACUGGAGCAAGUACCACGUCCAAGCGGAUGUGCUCUGUGUCGCCGCCGACAAGGGCCACGUGCACGGUGCCUGCCAUUCGAGCCCCUUCAAGGUGGUGUUGGUGUGCGGCAACAACCAAGUCGCCCGAGCCUGCGUCUACUCAUCAGAGACCAACUCAUGGGGCGAUCUCAUCUCAUGGGGCGACAAUCUAAUCUGGACAUCAGCUCACCAUCAACCUAUCUCUAUUGUUGGCAGUCGAAGCAUCCUGGUUAGGAAUUCUCUCUACUGGUUACUUUUUGGUCUUGAGGUUGCCAUCCUAGAGCUUAAUUUGGAUAGCCAGAGCCUAGCCAUGAUCGAGGUGCCACCGGAUGCCCAUGACGACCACCUUGGCCUCUACCUGAGUACCCUGGGUGGUGCACUUAGUUUCAUCUUUGUGUCCAAUCUAUACAGAGUUCAGCUGUGGCAGAGUAAGAUUGAUUUUGACGGUGUCGCUCGGUGGAUGCCAGGACAAACAAUCGAACUGGACAAGCUUCUCCCCCUGGAACCAGGGGAACAUAUCGAGAAAGUAAUGGGUGCUGGUGAGGAUAAUAUGGUAUUCGUGUCAACAUGCUAUGGCCUUUUCAUGUUCCAUCUCGAGUCGUUGCAGUUUGACAAGAUCUUCAAAAGCCACCCUUUCCCUGAGCAUCGGCGAUCCUCCGUUUUUCCGUAUCCAUUCACAAGUUUCUGUGCUGCAGGAGUUGGUGAACUUCGUGACGGAAUGGGACAAGUUGAAGUUGGAGUCGGUGGCACAACCCCUUAGAAUACUGAUCCUGUGGAUUUUGGUCAACGUAGCUUCUCUGAAGGGCGUGAUGGAAGCUAAUCUGGGACUUGUUGAUAUCGGUUUACGGGAUCUUUCUAUGUGUUUUCUCUUAUACGUGUAAAAGUGCAACAUAUGUGAAUGUGAUGCUGGAAGAUGUAGCGUACAGUUCCUGUCUCCGUUUUUUCUGUUAGUAUGAUUAGGGUGCUGUAAAAAGCCUUUCGUCUUAACAUGUCAUGGGUAAACUUGAUUUUUCUUUCUAUAAUCCUAUCACUGGCAAA